GGCUGCAGCCUUUGUAAGUUAAAUCUUAAAGAGGACGUUGCAUCCCCACCCCUUUGAACAUCAGCCGGACCGAGAUGGACAGGGAGACGGACUCUUUCCUAGUCUGUCAAGCCCCGAACUCAGAUUUUUAAAAAUAGUACAGUAUGGACUGACCAUUCUUUUGUUCGAUGACGGGACCAUUUGCUUAUUUUUGAAUUUUGAUGGGGGGGGAGGGGAGCUCGGUAGAGGAAUGAGGGCACAGCUACUUAUCGGAGACAAAGGAGAAGUUUCGAACUUUAUGGGAGCUGGGACUGGGCAGCUGGACCAACAAAGAAAGGAGGUCGGGCUCUUGUAAGCUCACAUUUGUGUCCGUGCGCGGUGGAAAGGAAACGAGAACGUUGUCCUACCAGUGCAAACGUAAAUAUGUCGGGGCUGUUAAAGCCCUUUUAAGGUGCAGCUGUGGUUUUCUUCCCAGACCUGCCCCAUUUUUUGUUAUUUUCUGCUGAAAACCCCCCAAAGGCCAACAGCCUCAGGUUGCAGCAAGCACGAACGGCUACCCCCGGUUUACCCGCGCUGAUGUUUAAACCCCCCCAAGUUUGAACGCGCCAUUCACCUCCGCGCGCCCGCCCUCUCCCUCCCUGCAGCACGAAGCGGAAACUCAAAGCCAGGCAGUGAGCCGGCGGAAAGACUUCCGAGCCCUUCCCCUCCUGGCUCGCCCAGUCGCGUCUGAGCCAAUAGCAGGCACCGCUCUGAAAAACCGCGCUUCCCAUUGGAGCGCGGCGGCGGUGACGCUCUUUGAAAAUAGGAGCGGGCGGCGUGCCUGACGUACCGAACCCUGGGCGGUUUUUCUCGUUUGGCGUGAGGUGCUCUCCGGCUCUUGCGGCGGCCGGACAAACGGGACUUGCGGCGGAGCGACGGGGGCCCAGCCCAAGUGAGUUUACAAGCCGUGGAGGGGGGGAAGCGGGCGCGAGGGGAGGCUUUCGGAGGUCGGUCUCCUGGGGACACCGGCCGUUGCUCGGCCGGCUGCGGCAGAGAGCCGGGGAGAGGGUGUAGGUGGCGUCUCGGCGGGCGUGGUGGGUGUCUGGAGCGGAGGGGCGCCUAAGGAGCCUUACAGAGCUUUGCGCGGGGGGGGGGGUGUUCAAAUGCGGCCCUCCAGGCGUCAUCCAUUCUGCCGCUCUCACUAACUCUCGUCCAUGGCCUUUGUGCCUAACACCAGUGUGCUACUGACCAGGGCUUGUGUUUCGGAAUGGACAGGAGCUUACAAAAACCUGUUCUUUUUGCAUGGCUCGAAUGCAAAUUGGUGCGCGAAGAGGUCGUAGCUGCUGCUGGUGCUCCGCCUCCUUUUUCCUCUGCUCGCUGCAGGAUGCUCUCCUUGGGCUUCAGAAGGUUUCCUCUCCCCCCCCCCCCGCGCAACCUCUUUAUAGGACGUGGUGUUUCCCCAGAGGGGGCUGCAAAGGCAGAAGCAUCAAGUGGUUAUCCGCUUUGAGAUUUUUUAAAAAAUAUAUAAAGUGGUAUCGAUAUAUAAUAAUAAUAAAUAUGUCUACUCAGAAGUAAGCUCCACCCAGUGCAGCGGAACUUUCUCAUGGGUAAGCGGGUCGUUUAUAGGGUUGCAGCCUGGGAACUACUCGGAGGGGAUGCCAGGCUGCUUGGCGACUCCUUCGGGAGCUGGUGGGCUGAGGGUCAGACCAGGCUGCGGCGGGGAGGUAUUGUAAGCAUACGCAAGUAGCAAGAGAGUCUCUUAGUUUCCGUAUUUGGCUGCCAGGUACCGUUUGAAUUUAGCAGGGCAAGCCCGAACAGAAGGAAUGGGAGGAGAAAAAUGGAGAUAUCAAAAAGGCAGAGUGAAUUUGAAGUUAGAAAAAGUCGCUUCCGUAUGAACCAUUAUUAAGUCUCCCUUUCCUGGGGAAAUUGGAAUCAUCCAUAGAAAUAGAGAGAGCUAAGAUUUUAAGUUGUAAGGUAGUUUUGCAACAAUUCUGUAGCAUUUUCCUAUGGCUUGGUGAAGAUUAACAUACUUUCUGUUAAUAAAACGUCUCUCAAGUCAUUUCCAGCACUCAGCUUCAUGCCAAGGCUUGCAUUCCUUUGAUUUGCAUACAGAGUGAUUGUGCUUUUCAAAAACUGUUCUUUAAAAAAGUUUGCAUAUUAAAUAAGAUUCAGACUAGGAAGAAUGUGGACUCCUGUCUUUUCUGAUUCACUGCUUUUUUAUUGAGAGGUACCUGUUCCCCAGUUCAAUAUGGUAGCACCUGAAUUUCUCCUUUGAUUACUAUUAACUGCUCCCAUUUCAACUGUGGAAUAGGUUUUAUCUAUUUAAAAUAUAAAUUUGUGGGUAUGUGUGUCAUGUUUUUGAAUCUCUGGGAAAGCGGAAAUUGCAGGAAGGAGGUGGGUGGAGGACAAGCAUGCAAAAUGGCCAUAGGGAGGGGAGGAAAAGCUAGCGUUGAAGGAGGUACUGUAUAAAAGUGAAAAGUGUAGUGCAAAAAAUAGGUUGAGUGCUUGCUUAAUAUUCACUGGAUAUUAACAUCAGAAGGAGCAUUUAUGAAAAAGACAUUUGCACAAACCAAUGCUAGGUAAAAACUGAGAUUAUUACUGCAUGUAUCUUGUAUGUAAGUUUACAACUUUGCACUACAAUUGUGUGUGUACUUAUUCAGAAGUAGUUCUGUGUUCAGUGAGGGCCUUAAUACUCAAGCAAGCGCAUUUAGACAGUGUUAGAAACUCAAAAAUAUAUAGGCACCAAAUGGUUCCUUAAACCAAGGUUACAGGCACCAAAAUGGAAUGCCCAAUUACCAUUUUGGGUAAGACAACUCUAAAGUCUUUCAAAGGAUUGGCUGGCUGUGAUUAUCAGUGAAACAUCUGGCUAGUUCAGAUGACAAACUUGAGCUAGGUUCAGAACUUUGAGAACCUAAAGAAGAAAAGUCACUUUAUCCAGGGAUAGUCCACAUAUAUAUUGGCCUAUUUUUCUUAACAGUGACACAGACCAUUCAUAACACAAUAUUUUUCACAUCUGUGAGCAGGGCAGUGCGGUGGGGUAAGUGGAGGCAAGCUACAGCAGUUAACUAUAGCAUAGUUCACCACUCCUGCUCAGGCUGCACAGCAAAAGCAUUUUGGUUCCUGAAAUUCAUUCUGAUUGUACAGGUAAAAUAUAACUGAUAGAAUUCUACAGGAUGUGGUAUUAGUGUGUGGAAACAGUCAAGAUCCAAUGAUCCCCAGACAUGCACCUCCAGAUGGUGGCGGUGUCAGGUGCCAUCCUGGCAUCUAGGCAUCUUCACUUGGUCGCAAAUGGCCGAUAUGCUCGGCGCCUGGCUAAUUUUGAACACUGUAAAUUUGUGUCUAACUUGGAGCAAGACCCAUUUUACUUUGUGGCAUUUAGGGACAUGGGAUUGCAGCCUCAGGGCUGUGUCACACAUUACAGAAGUAGGCGUUCCUCCUGUCCCAAUGCAUAUGUAACAACAUGUAUUUUUAAAAAAUUAAAAAUGGCGUAUAGUUGGGUGCCUACCCUUCUCUCUGCCGAAUGGUGGCAAGAGUCCAUGGGGUUCUAGGCACUCACCCAGUGUCUGUUCCUUUGGAAAAUUGAGACAUGGCAGGGCUGUUGUAGCUUUAAGAAAUAUGGUUUAUUCACCUAUUUACACUUUUAGUCUGCAUGGAGGGAUUCCAGACCUUACAGCAUGGUCAUUUCAAAAGGAACUUGUACCCCACAGCAGUGCAGCCCUGGAGUCCAAGGCAUCUCUCCAACCCAACUGCAGAUAGCCCACCCAAAGAUAGAUCCCAGCCCUCUUCCUGCUUCUUCUUCCCAGUACCCAGUGCUACCAGGUUCCCUUUUCCUGUUGCCUCAAACACAGUUACCAUGGCAACCUUCCAAAUACCUGUCUCUGUUCGCACCUCUGGACAGGUGGUUUUUUUUAGUAGCCCUAGCUUGGCCAGGUCAUUUUGCAUAGGCUAGCUCAGGAAUUUCUCUGCAGCUUAUAUUUCUCCCUUCACAUUCCAGUAAUCAAAAUCCAACCAUUUAAUAAUUUCUAGGGUAUAGUCCCCCCCACCACUGUUGCAGCAGUUGAGACACUGGCUGUCUGAUUAUAUUUUUUGCAAGAGAUGUGUAGUGAAAGCCACAGACCCUGCUGCCUUUUGCUCACUUCUGUUUUUAAGAUGUAGAGUGGCCUUGAGGUACAGGAGGCAGGCAGAAGGUUGAGAAAACCAUUUGAGUUUUGCAACAUGAUGCUGUUUUACAUUGUUUCAAUAUACUUCCUACCAUUUGUGGGGAGAUCAAUGGAUUUUUGUUUUUUUUUUGUGCCUUGAGCAAGAAGUCUCUUUCAUUUUUGCAGGCCAAGCCAUGUGGAAGAUGGGGAACCCAGUGAUGCCGGAAGAACGUGCAAGGAAGAAACUUGCUGAAUUUCUACAAAAUAUUGACAACAAUGACUGUGUGUGGAUGGAUGAGAUUAUUGAAGAGGCUAAAAAGAUGUUUACGAGGUAUGAGCAAGAGAUCUAGAAAUGGUGCCCCAAAGCAUGAGUUUUUUGUUCUAUGAAUCCAUUGAAAUCACAACAGCCCAUAAGCUGUGUAUAUACCAUAGGUUAAGACUAGGUUUGUCACCCAUGCUAGAUUAAUUUUAAAUCUGCAAGGAAAAGAUAUUUACUUUAUUUAUUUAUUUUACAGCCCACCCAUCUGGGUGUCUUACAGCAUAUUUAAAAACAUAAUAAAACAUCACAUAUUAAAAACUUCCCUUCAGAUGUCUUCUAAAAGUUGUGUAGUUUUUUAUCUCCUUGACAUCUGAAGGGAGGGCAUUUCACAGGGACGGUGCCACUACCGAGCAGGCCCUCUGCCUGUUUCCCUGUAACUUCGCUUCUCGCAGUGAAGGAACCAGCAGCAGACACUCGGAGGAGGACUUUGGUGUCUGGGCUGAGCAAAUGGGGGUAGAAAUGCUCCAGGUAUACUGAACCACCCUGAGACCCUUGGGUAUAGGGUGGUAUAUAAAUUCAAAUUAUUAUUAUUAAUAUUAUUAAUAUUAAUAAUAAUAAUACUGGGACAAGGCCAUUUAGGGCUUUAAAGGUCAGCACCAACACUUUGAAUUGUGCUUGGAAACGUACUGGGAGCCAGUGAAGAUCCUUUAGGGCCAGUGUUAUAUGGUCCCGGCAGCCACUCCCACUCACCAUUCUAGCUGCCGCAUUCUGGAUUGGUUGUAGUUUCCUUUUUUUUUUUUUUUUUUUUUUAAGAAUAAUUUUUUAUUAACCGACCAAUCACAUCAAAUCAAACCAAAUUACAUAAAUUCCAAAUUACACAGCCGAAUUUUAAAUUUUUGUUGGGGGUACCCAUAUUUCAAGUUCCGAAGGGGAUCCAAUCAACUUCCUGCUUCUUACUGCUGUUUUAAUGUCCACAAAUCUAACCUUAUGAUGUUCGCAGUACUAUCCAGUCCUUUCUUACUGUUUUUCCACAUCUCUUGUUGUUAUUUUCAUAUAUUUUUCUUUUCUCUUUGUGACCUCUGAUAGUCUCCACAAGCUGGUUAGAACAGUUUGUAAUCAAUACAACCGACGAUUCUAAUGAGGAGGGGUUCUUGUAAAUCACAUAGAAGGAAAGUAAAAAAGGUUCCCCCCCCCCCCAUUCAGUCCCGUUGUCAAGAUACCCAGCCUUUGGUGUAUCUUCAUCGUAAAAUAUUCCUGUUUCUCCAACCUGUCGUUUUCUUUCGCAGAGGUCACUUAAAUUAGCAGACUUCAGUCCCCUUCUUCACUUGAAAUAUGUGCAUUUGCUUCUUUUGUAAUUAAUUAUUCCAAAUUGCUGCAGCUAGUGCGCGAUCAGAGACAGCGUCCAGGAGAGCCGAGGUCCACACGGGGGCAUUCUGCCUAGGGCCCUCACCCCCUUCUUUCGAAUUGGGGGGUGAUUUAUGGGCACAGCAGACAAGGGCAGUGUUCCCCAUUUCCUUGGGGCAACAAGGGUGGCUGCCUACUCCCAUAACAGCCUCUUAAUUACCCCGUGUGGGUCGGAGAGAUGGUAUUGUCGGCUAUCUUCCAAUGCGCCCCUAGUGGCCCCUCCCGGAUUGGUUGUACAGUGGUGCCCCGCAAGACGAAUGCCUUGCAAGACGGAAAACCCGCUAGACGAAAGGGUUUUCCGUUUUUGAGUUGCUUCGCAGGACGAAUUUCCCUAUGGGCUUGCUUCGCAAGACGAAAAUGUCUUGCGAGUCUUGAGAUUUUUUUUUUCGCUUUUCCCCCCUUUUAUCUAAGUCGCUAAGCCUUUAAUAGCCUUUUAGCAGCUAAGCCUUUAAUAGCCGCUAAACCACUAAUAGCGCUAAUCCGUUAAGGCGCUAAUAGGGUUGCUUCGCAAGACGAAAAAACCGCUAGACGAAGACACUCGCGGAACGGAUUAAUUUCGUCUUGCGAGGCACCACUGUAGUUUCCAAGUCACCUUCAAAGGUAGCCCAACAUAGAGCACAUUGCAGUAGUCCAAGCGGGAGAUAACCAGAGCCUGCACUACUCUGGUAAGACAGUCUGCAGAGAAUGCUUCUGGUUGGAUGUUAGCUGGUUGCCAUAAGUCAGUGGUGUCCAAACUUUUUUCAAAAAGAUUUGAUGAAGUGAAGGGCCGUGAGGGCCGACCAAAGUUUUUUUAGGAUUGAAGUUGUUGAGCUUUUUGGUUUUACCCCAAAGCGAGAUUACAUACUUGGAAGCUAAACUACAAUUGUAGGGCAUAUAAUUCUUAUAUGCUAUAUUAUUAGAGAAUAUGUUACAGUAUUAAUGUGUUUUCUCAUGUGGGAGUAUACAACAAAGUGAUUACUCCGUCACAUGUAGUACAGUACUAAAUUUUAUUGUAUCAGGCUACCAUCUUAUUCAGUGUCAUUAGUCUCUGGGUUUCAGGAAGUUUGAUGCUGUGCCAGGGUCAGAAACCAGACUGGCUUUGGGAAAAGAAUCCCAAGCUGCAAACAAUAUCCUGAACUUCAAUGUUUUUUCCUAGUCUUUACCAAAAGGAGAACUUGAAAGAUGAACUUUGAAUGAAAGUGGGAUACCUGCAAUUUUAACCUGUCAUCAAGCCAUUGCUUCUGAGGAAAAUGUUGACAUUCUCGGUGUCCAAUAGCUUGACCUCUGUAGGAAUCGAUACCUUGAUUGUUCCAAUCCUACAGCAUGAAUUGUGUGAAUUGGUCUGAAAUAAGAAAUUGUCAUUCAGUGAGUAGUUGGCAAUAUUCCUAGGUAAAGGCACUUGGCAGACCAGAAUUUAAACUGCUGCUCUUAUCUCAAAAUAGUGGCUCCAGUGAUGAACCUGAGCUGAUGCCAAAAACACCAUCACAGAAGAGUCAUAGGAAAAAGAAGCGUUUUUCUUCUGUUAAGAAUGAUCACUUUGCUACAAAGAGGUAGGGAAUGUAUUUGUGGGCUAAGUAGCAGGGAAUAAUCUGGAAGAUAAUGUUUAAAAUUCCUAGUUGUUACUUCAGGAAAAUGUCUAGAUUGGGUUGCAAUGUUUAUUUGAUUAGCUAAAUAUGUUUUGAAGAUUUAAAAAUGUGUCCUUUUGUGCUUUUGUAAUGAGGGAUGGAUUGUAAAUGUUUUUUAAAAUUAAAAAUAAUUACCGCCAGGAGAUCUCCACACACUACCUCACAAAGCACGUCACAACAAGGAUAGGACUUUCCUAAUUCCAUCUACCAGGUGUCCUAGGACUGCAAAUCUGAAAGGAAUCCCUCUCUCUGUCCCUGUCCAUCAGCCAGUCUCUUAGUCUGUUCUCUGUUGUAAGCAACAUAGUUACCCUGAAUCAAAAGACAAGGUUUAAAUCUUUAAAAUAAAUAUUGAUUCCCAGUAAUUUCAUCAGCCCAAGGUUUGAAUGAUAUAUAAGUGGUAAAUUGUUGAUGUAACAUUUCUCACUCAGUUUGUCUAGGAUUUUUCAGUUCAUCUACACUAUUGUCCCUUGCAACACCAAAUUGGUCUUAUGAUACAAUGUGUUUCUUUUAUCAGGUUGUCAAGAAGAGAGAGUACUCGGUUAUUUUCCAAACGGAUUACCCGAAGUCGGAAAAACUUGGAAAUUAAUGUAGAGAAUGCCUCCCCUUGUCAUCGUGUUACUAGAUCUCGGGCUGCCUCAUCUGCCAGAGUCUCAGAUCCUUCUCUUAAGAAACUAUCUUUCAAUUUAGCCAAAGAUCGGUUACCACUAGUAGUAAUCAGUGCUAAUGAGAGGCGUAGUGCAGAACUGCAGGCAAAAAAAGUGCUACCUCAGACAGAUACAGCUGAUUUGACUCUUAAAUUAUCUGAGGAGGGGUCUCCUAUAAAGAGAUCACCUUUGACCAAAACUUGCCUUGUGGCGAAAGAAACUCCUGAAGCCGAAAUAAAAGAGGGACGGGGAAUAUGCAAGAUGAAAAUAGCAGAAGUACCUGGUGCCGCUGAAAACAAAGAAUCCAGCACUCAGAACCAAGAACCAAGUGCCCAGAACCAAGAGGACAGCUGGGCUUCUGAAUCAGAGGCUGCUCAGAAGUUAAACCAGAGCUCACAAGCACCCACUACUUCAAAAGCAAACCAUCGCUCAGUCCGCCUAAGCAGGACCUCCAAGCCCUCCAGAGCCUCUAUGGCUGAGAGAUACUCACUCAGUACUAAAAGGGAAAGAAUGAUCCGGAGAUCUAGUCGGAAGUCUUUGUCAAAGCGGAAAACAUCCCAGCGGUCAUUAUCUGCUAGGCAUGAAAGUUGUAAGUUUCAAUAAUGUGAGAUAAGAGUACAAAAAAAAGUGUUGCUGUUUUUACCUUGUAGCAGGCUAGCUUGAUAUGAACUGCAAAAUGCUUCCAAUAUUUAAGAUUUAUUGAUUUAUUUAUUAUUUUGGUUAGGCUUCUUUCCACCCUCUUGAUAACUUCCUUUGUAGUUUCCAAUAACUCAAGGCAAAAGUAAGGUUUAAAAUUGAAGGUGAUGUAUUGGAAUAAUUUUACUCUAUACUCAGUGAGACUUUGUCUUGAAACACCUGCUUCCUAUUUUUUAAAUCUAUCCUAAGUCAUGUGGUGCAGGCCUUAAGUACAUCUAGGGGAAACCUACUGCUAUCAUUUAGGUUUGGGGGCACUUAGCAAUAGUUGGUUCUUGGGAUAGGUGGAUGCUGCCAAAAUGUCCCAUACUUGCUGCCCAUCAGUUGCCAGCUGAGAAGGUAGGUCUUCUGCCAGUUUUGGGCGAUGCAUCAACUUUGUAUCUCAGAGGAAAGUGAUCCAGAGACAUGAAGCUGCUGUGGAACAGUCACUGUCAGGUGCUUACAUAAAUGUGUGCAUAGCCAGAGGCUCCAAUGAGAAGAGGCAUGGUCAUAAAAUGUUUGGAAUGCCUGCCAGUGAUGGGUGUAGAUUUGUGUUAAUUUGUAACCUGCUUUCAAAUUGGCAUGUGCAGUGAAUAAUGGGCAAUAAACAUUUUAAAUAAAAGAAAAAUAGUGGCCACCAGGAGAUCUGUAUACACUGCCUCACAAAGCACAUCACAACAUCCUACUCUCAUCCUCCAGCUCCAAAAGGAGCAGCUGCAUCCAGCUUAUUGCUCGCUGACAAUUUUGUGAUGUAGGGAAGCUAAUGCAUUCUGUAUAUGCUACAGAAAGUAGUCCUGGAGUAUAAAUUAACCAUUGUCAGGUGUCUGUCUGAGAUUGUGUUUCAGACUCCUUACCAGGCGGAAUUAGCAAAAACUUUUCCAGUCACAGCAAAUUAUUUUUCCAGUACUGAAGAUUUUAAAAUUUGAGCACUUGUCCCUUAGCCCAUGGUAGACCCCAGUGAUGCUUAAGGAGGUCCAGGAUGCUGUUCUAUAUUGUGAGGUGCAGUGUAAGAGCCAGGAUGCUUCUGCGGAUGUUUGACUUUGUUGGAGAUGUAACCUCAUGUCUCUUCUCAUUCAGGUCAUGUUGCUGUGGCUGAAGAAAUUACUGAAUCUGGGUGAGUUGGAAUUAGAAUCUUAGAUUAUUAUUUUUUAAAGUGAUAAUUUAGGAGACGUGGCUAACUGAGGAGCUAAAUGGUAGCUUAACUACCACAAGAAGAUAAACAGAUCAAGUGGGCUUUAAAAAGCGAUUUAACAUACAGCAAUUUACAGCUCCAAUAAGGUAAUGCUCCGGGGACUACAAAGUCCAAAAUGCUAAAACUUGAUUUAAGGGAGGAAACAUCUGUUCUGAGGACUUGGACAAGGCCUCAGACUCUGAAAUGGCACAUCAACAAAAAGGCAGGAGCUCAGCUUUCUAAAUGUGGGAUUAUAGAGAGUCAUAUGCUUACAUAACCUAAAUCCAGCAAGUGCUAGCUUCAGACUGGGCAACUACUCUAGCCCCCUUUGAAAGAUGGUUUGACACACUAUCAGGAACCUUAAAGAAAUUUCCAAAACAGCUAAUGAAGCUGUGAAUACAGCCCUUGAAAACCAGUCUGAAAUUCAAUUGCUCCAAAUGACAACUGAUUAUGUAGCACUUAGGCUAGAAGAAUAGGUGGAAAAACCUUAACCUUCAUUAUUUACCUGAAAAAGAGGGAGGGGGAGAUAUGGAUGCAUUUAUAAUCAACAGGACCAUGAAUCUCACUGUCUCCAGUGGAUUUAGAGUGGGCUCAUAGACUCCUGAGCAGGUGAAACUCCAAGAGACAGUUUGAGCGCUACAGGCUCAAGGAUAGUCUUCAAAGUCAUUGGGAAUAUCUGGAAUAUAAAAUCUGAUUCCACGAAUAAAAUCUGAUUAAUUAGCCCUGCCAUGCUCAGAAGAGCCUUUCAUGUACAGUAUAUGUAACUGCUCUGAAAGCAGCAGGCAUAUCAUAAGCUUACUGUUCCUCACAAAGGAAGAGCGUGGAUUGUAAGCACAUACAGCAGGUUGAUAAUAUGCUUAAAAUGCUUCAGCUCCAACUUCCAGAAAACACUAAACACUGCCCAAAUGAGAAUGAAACAUACCCUGGUUCACCAAAGGGGGAAGAACAAACAAUACAUUGCAUGCACUAUAGUUUUCAAUGGCCACUCAAGUCUUUUUGCUGCAGCCAUGAUUCUGAUAGUCCUGUGGCAGGAAGGGAGGACUUGGAGAUAUUGUAACAGCCCCCUUUUGCUCCCACCUAAGCCCAGAUUGCAUGGAGCAACUCUCCACUGCCUCCAUGACUACCUGCUGGUUGAAGCCUGUAUUCUUGGCAAAUUAUGUUUACAGAGUUCACUGUUUUAUUUAUAGAUCUGGUCACAGUCUAGGUACUUAUUCUGACAGUACAAGUCUUGCUAUUCUCGACCCUAUUAACAGGCCUUCAUGGCAGUUCUGUCUUUUCCUUCCUUUUCUUUUCUUUUCUUUUCUUCUUCUUCUUCUUCUUCUUCUUCUUCUUCUUUUUUUUUUUUUUUUUUUUUUGCCCUACUAUAUGCUGAACUUCCCUCCACAUUAUGGUAGAACCUUAUAGAUUGGUGAAAGUGCGAUCGCUCAGGGUUCAGGUGCUGCUGUUAAAAGAGCAGAGGUAGACUCUAUCUUGCAAAAGGAAGGAAUGGACAUUAUGCUUUAAGAAACUCUGAAGCUGGGUAAAGAUUCCACAAAAGUGGACUUGUACAGACCAAUAGCACUUAUAAAUGUGGAUGCUAAGCUUUUCGCUGCCAUUAUAGUGAAGUACUUGAAUGUUUUUAUAACCUCCUACAUCUCCCCUGACUGGACAUGCUUCAUGCCAUUUUGAAGCAUUGCAGGAUCGGUAAGAAGGGUUCUUGAUAUAAUUUAUGAAUUGCAAUAUAAAGAAAUGCCAGUAUUGUUACUUUCAGUAGAACAUACCCAUCUCUCUUAACUGUUCCUCAUAAGGCUUGGUUUCCAGACCAUUUAUCAUCUUGACCCCUCCUCUGCACAGGUUUCAAGUUGUCAGUGACACCACAUACACAAUGUAUUUUUUGUGGAAAUUGUAUUAAAUAACUAGACUUGUACCCAGACAGAAAAGAAAGGAAAUGGUGAAUCUAUUUUUGAAAGCAUGGCAUCAGUGAGGUGUUGUAUGGGCUUUCUGUAGUCUAGUAUGAGCUGAGGCUAGAGUUCAGCUGAUAGGUUGAUAAUUUCAUUUCAUUACUUCAAUGCAUUUAAAGAUACAAUGAAAUGAUAAGACCAAUUAAAACUCAUGCAGCAAGAUAGGAGCAUGAAAGGAAUUUGCAAAGUUUUUACUAUUAAACAUAUGCAUACCUUUUGUCUCUUAGACUGAUGAUAGAGCCACCAUCUCAGAAGGUAAGUUCUAAAGAAAACUAAAAGAAGCUUAAGGCCACAAUCCAAUACCCAUUUACCCAGCAGUAAGCCCCACUCAACUCUAUGUGACUCAUUUUUGGGUAGAACUGUGUGGUUAGCAACCAUCCAGACUCAAGCAGGGGGGAGUGUAAUGUGCAUGGAAGAGUUGGAUGGCAUUCCAUGGUGCAUCUUCAGGGUACAUCUGUCCUGCCUCCAGACCUGCCCAACACUGACAUGCUGGAUGAGAUGUUUUGACAGAAACUGCAUGUUCAGAGUUAAACACACACAGACUUAAUCUGCAGUCAAUCCUUUGAAGUUCAUGAUUGCAUCAUUUGAGCCUGCGCAUGUUGGAUUCUACAUUAGUGAACCUGAGUGCUAUCCUAGAAUGCCUUCUUUCCUAUGGCUCUCACUGAAGUGCCAACAUCAUUUUUAAAGAUACUCGAAGGGGCUUAGUCUGCCUAACAUUAUUUGUGCUAAAUCGUUAAAGGGCCCACUUAGUUGUCUAGUGAUUACACAUCUAUGGGAGGGGCUUGUACUGAGAAGGAAUUUGCCUUUGCUGCAGGUUGAUGAGAACCCUCGCAUGUCCCUUCGUUCUCACAAGGCCAGUAUGCAAGCAGUUAUCAAACCUGUGGAACAAGAUGGAGAUGACAAAGGUCAGUAUACUCCUUGGCUAAGUAGCAGAGAAGGUCAACGGUGAGUUGGAUAGAAUGUAUUUUGAGGAAAGGCAAGUUUACAAGCCUAUUAUUUGCAAGAUUCUCAGUUGCUCAAGCAAAAAUAAUGACUUAACUGGCCAAUGCAGUAUAGUAAAUGGUGUAUUAGUGUUUGACUGAGAAGUCCAGGUUCAAAUCCUAGUUUGGCCAUGAAGUUAAUGAGGUGAGCUUCAGCCAGUUUUCUCUUGAACUAAUCUACAUUGAAAAAUUGUUGUGAGGAAGCACUGUAUGCUGCCAUGAGGUCUUGGAAAGGAAGGGUCCUAUAAAAAUUCAUAGCAAACUUGGCUAUGUCACAUACACAGGCAUUCAGCUGGAUCUUUCCCCCACUUACGUUUGAGUUGUCCCCCAGCUUGUUUCCUUGCCCUAAGCUCUGCAGUAUACUAAGGAGCCAAACGAGCUCCAUGAAGUGGCGCUCAGGGGUGAUCAUGUUAACAGCCUGAGCCAUUCAGAUUUCCAGAGGUCAGCCAGAGCUUUGACAGGAGCGCACGUCAUAUCAGCCAGAAAAUCCCUCGGAGCAACCUGGAAACCUCCUGGAUCCAUCAGCUUCCAAGGCCAAACCAUCCUCAUAAAUCUCAACCGGAAGUGAUCUGACCAUGACAAGGGACUAAUGUCAAUAUGCCCAACUUUCAGAUAAACCUCUUCCUGCCCAACUGAAAAAGGGUCUUGCGUAUGUUGGAAGAUGCCUGCCUGCUAGGCAGGUGCCAGGUCCCAAGAGACUCACAGAAUGUAUUCCUGCAUAUUUGGUGAAUAAGGAUGAAAUCUCAUCAUGUAUUGGCAAUAUGCUUAGUCUAAAGUAGGUUUCACCUCUUGCUGUUCAGUAUAAACUUGGAAAGCAAGUGAAGAAACCCAUCUGGGCUUCCAUUAAUAUGCAUAAGACAGGCAUACCCAAGAAGUGUUCCACCAAGUCACUUCUGCAAAAUCCAAUUAGUAGUAUUCUGUUUUUAAAGAAACAUUUCAUUAAUACACAGCCCAAUGUACUGAGUCUACACAAGCUUGAUUUGCUACAUAUUGAAAUUCUAGAAAUCAGAAUUAUGUCUAUAAGGGAAUAAAUAGUAUACUCCAGAGCUUAGGGCAAGGAAACAAGCUGGGGGACAACUCAAACGUAAGUGGAGGAAAGAUCCAGCUGAAUGCAACCAAACAGUGCUGAGGGUUCAUCGUCAAGCCCUACCUAGUGACAGUGAAGGCAGCAAAGACAACAUAAUUUGCUGCCUCCAUUGCAUCCUCUUCUGGGUAGUGCAGGACCUUUUACAUUCUGGCCCAAAGGAGGUGGUGGUACUGUUGGUGGAACCAACAGUAGCUGACAGUGACCUGUUUGCAAAGCAUUUUGGGGAUAAAAUCUUGACUGCUGUUACAGCAGAUGAAUCUCAUGGGGUGUCCAGAGCACUGGCUAGUCCUAUUGUGUUGUAUGAGUUUCAGUUGGUAAAGCUUGAGGAUGUCGACAAGGUGCUUGGAUUGGUCAGGGUGACCAUUAGGGCUCUUACCCUUGCCCCUCUUGGCUGGUUAAAAACUAGCAGGGAGGGGAAAGCUGGCUGGGCCAGGGAGGUGAUUAAUGCCUCCUUGUGAGAGGGGGCUAGUCCCUGCCUACUUGAAGGAGGCAGUGAUGAAACCACUCCUUAACAAAUCCUCCCUGGAUUUGGAAAAUCUAAGUAACUACCAACCAGUUGUUUGUGUCAGAUCAGAUCCAGGCGCUUAUGCAGGAAACUGAUUUUCUAUAUCUAUUGGGGGUUUAGGCCAAAUUUUGGCACAGAAACUGCUUUGGUUGCCCUGUGUGAGGACCACUGUCAGGAGAAAUGUUGUCCCUGUUAAUUUUCUUUGACUUCUCAGUGGCUUUCAAUGCUAUCAACCAUGGUAUCAUUUUGGUGCGGCUGCCCAAGCUACGGGUGGGUGGCACCACUUUGCAGAGGUUUUGGUCCUACUUGGAUGGUUGUUCCCAGAGGGCGUUGCUUUGGGAGUGUUCUUCAGUUCCAUGGAGCCUUCAAUGUGGGGGAGCCUUCUCAAGGUUUGAUUUUAUCCCCUGUGCUGUUCAACAUUACAUGAAACCACUGAGUAGAUUUUAUCCAGAGGGUUGGAGUACAUUGUCAGCAAUAUCCUGGUGACACACAGCUCUACUUCUCCUUUACAUCUGCAGGAGAGGUAGUGGAUGUGCUGGACUGUUGUCUUGCCUUAGUAAUGGACUACAUUAGAGGCAACAAACUGAAGCUCAAUCCAAAUAAGACUGAGACACUGCUAGUGGGCAGUUCCCUAGAUCAGAUGACUAGGAAGUUGUCUGCUCUUGAUGGGGUUACACUGCCUUUGAAGGAGUGGGUAUGGAUCUUGAGGGUGCUUCUGGAUCCAUUGCUAUCUCUUUAAAGCCCUAAACGGCCUUGGUCCAGUAUAUCUGAAGGAGCGUCUCCACCCCCAUCGUUCUACCCGGACACUGAGGUCCAGCACUGAGGGCCUUCUGGCGGUUCCCUCACUGCGAGAAGCCAAGUUACAGGGAACCAGGCAGAGGGCCUUCUCGGUAGUGGCGCCUUCCCUGUGGAACACCCUCCCACCAGAUGUCAAAGAGAACAACAACUACCAGGCUUUUAGAAGACAUCUGAAGGCAGCCCUGUUUCGGGAAGCUUUUAAUGUUUGAUGUAUUAUAGUAUUUUAAUAUUCUUUUGGACGCCGCCCAGAGUGGCCGGGGAAGCCCAGCCAGAUGGGCGGGGUAUAAAUAAUAAAUUAUUAUUAUUAUUAUUAUUGAGACUCAGUUGGCCUUAGUGAUGCGGAGUGCCUUCCAUAAGCUUCUGCUGGUGGCCCAGCUGUGCCCCUAUCUGGACAGGGACAGCCUAACUACUGUUGUCUAUGCUCUGGUAAACCUCUAGAUUAGAUUACUGCAGUGCUGGACUGCCUCUGAAGAUGGUUCGAAAACUUCAGCUAAUGCAGAAUUCAGCGGCAUUGGCUGCCAUUUAGUUUCUGGGCCCCAUUCAAAGUGCUGGUUUUGACCUAUAAAGCCUUCAGCAGCUCAGAACAGCAAUACCUCAAGGACCGCCUGUCUCCAUAUGAACCUACCUAGACCCUCAUCCUCUGAGGCCCUUCUUUGUGUGCCUCCACAAGAGGUCCAGAAGAUUACAACACGAGAAUGGUCCUUUUCUACAGAACUAUACUCCCCAUUUGUAAAAUGUUCUCCCCAAGGAGGUACAGCUGGCACCUUCAUUAUACACCUUUAGGUGCCAGGCGAAAAAUGUUUCUCCUUAACCUGGCCUUUGGCUGACUACCAUCCAAUUCCCUUUUAAAUGUUUUGUGUAGGGGGGGUAUUGGCUUGUUUCUGUUCUUAUUUUUAUUAUGUAUUUUGGCUUUUUUAUAUUGUAACUUUAUGGUGUGAACUGCCCUGAGAUCUAUGGUAUAGCGCUAAUAAUAAUAAUAAUAAAUAAUAAUAAUAACUCUGCCCUGACAACUAGAAGUAUUCAUCCAUUUGUUGACUAAACAACUUUGGCUUCAGACCUUUGCUACAUAAAAUACUUCCACCAUCACUAAUUGUAGCUCUCUUUCUCUGUAUGCAGGGGGAAGUUCUGAAAAGAGUGAUGAGGUGCAAAAGCAGCCCCAGAGUGCUAGGUAUGUUUUCUUCGGACAAAACCUCCAUGGAGCAACACAAGAUGAUGAUAUCUGAGGAUUAGGUGCUUAAUUGUUCUGUUUGGUUGACACCUGUAUGCAGGUUGAAGGCGCUAGGAUAUAAACAGUGGAAGAAUGGAAGGAGAGGAAGUGAAGGGAAGAUACAAGAUGGGUAUUCUUACAGUUUUUUUCUCCUGUGCGGAGAGAGAGGAUUUUCAGAGAAGACUGCAAGCAUCAUAAGAAUAGGAGAGCAGGUCCAUUGGCUGGUUGAUGGGUAGCUCCUAUGUGAGAGGAGAGUUAAUUAAAAUACUUAACUGAGCAGCUAUAUUUCUUCUGGCCUCAAAGGACCCUAAGCAACAGAGAAUGGAGCCAGAAUCCUGUACUUCCCAUGGUAAUUCUGAGACAAGGAGGUGGUUCACUUCUCUGCUGGUGCAUCCUAUGAAAUGAGCCCUGUAUUAAUAUUUAAUAUUUACAGGAGGAAGCCAAGCUAUAAAAGAGCAGUUUAUGAGCAAGAUGAAGGACAGCACUCAGAGGAGGACUUCUCCCCUGCAAGGAAAAGGGCUGUAUCUCCUCAGUGCCCUGCCAGCAAAGUAAGUCGAGAAUUCCAUCUUUGGGAGCGAACCAGGUCCCAUCAUUUGCCUUCCAAGGACUGAUCACUUCCUGUAUUUUUCAGGUUGUCCGUCCUUUCAAGACAUUCUUGCAUACAGUGCAUAAGAACCGAGUGCUCAUGAUGACCCCUGGCUCUUUGAGUCGAAGUGCAACCAUGAAAUCAUUCAUCAAACAAAACACUCCUAUCCAGGCCACUCCCCAGGUAGAGUGAAGUCCUGUUUUGUUUUGUUUUGUUUUGUUUUGUUUUGUUUUGUUUUUAAAUCCAUGUAUACCACCUUGAGUUCCUAGGAAAGGAUGGAUGUAAAUGUAAGAAAUAAAUUGUACAAAAACUUCACAUGGGCUUAAGGGAAGGAGGAGCUGUAAGAGUAAGAGGGCUUAACAGACUGAAAGGACUGACAUUAGAUUGGAUGAGAGCAACAUUUCUCCUUUGCGUUGAGCUAACCAGCUUAUGUCUUUGACCUCAGGUUGUGAAUUACUCCAUCCCCACUCCAUUGCUUAGCUUUUCAGUGAUCUUUUAGCAUAAGUUUAUUGCAUGCCAUUUGGUUAAAUCCAUUACUGCUUCUUGGGUUAAACAGGGCUUGACUGGUGAAGCAUGGCAGAUUGCUGUCAUUUGGUGAAGAGAGUUGAAUCUGAAAUCAGCCAGUAGGGCAAAUCCUAUAUCAACUAGUGGUCUAGUCCUUUUGUAUUGUUGGCAAUGAAAUACUGAUAAUUUGGGUGCUAACUUCCAAAGGCAUUAAUUAUGUCUCAAUCUUCUCUUCGUACAGCGGGGGUUUGUUGUAAGUAACAACAUUUGGUCUCACAGUAGCUGUAUUUGUAUAUCAUUAACAUGGUGUGUUAUCUAAUGGCAUUCUUAACCUGCAUAGUGACUUAACAUUGCUUCCUCUUUUUAAGGUGGAAUUCUAGCAUUUUAUUUAGUGCUUAUUAGGGUAAUCUUACUAAAAAGUAGAUAAUGGGUAGUAGCACUGUGCUAUUUUGUUCCCUGUAGUAAGAAAGCCACAACCAUUUCAAAACACGAUAAUCAAUAACUGCCAUUUCUUCUCUUGAAUGUCUUAACAUUUUUUCUAUUUAAUUAUUUUAAGUUUAGAAUAAAGUGCAAAAAAGAAACUAGAUGCAUUCUUAAGAUCUUGGUUCAGUUUUCAUUGGUGGACUUGGCCUUGGGUCUGGUGGUCCAGAGCUUUUUCACUUCCAUUAUGCACACUUACAUGGUAUGAUCAUUGAAUUCAGGGAGACUUGCUUCUAAACAGGGAUGCCUAUUUUCCUCCUUCCUUACGUUUGUUAGAAAGUAACUACAUAGCUUAAUUUGGGCAGAUUAAAAGGCUAAGGUUAGCUAUCAGCUUCGUUUUUUCAUCUAAGGCAGUAGAUCAAACUUUUUUUUUUUUUAACCAUGAGCUAGCCCAAUCAUAUUGGCUGCUGCAUUUUUAUACUCCUUACAAGUUCUAUUAAUGCAUGGAUAUUGACAGAAGUACCCAAAAUGAAAGAAUUUUGCAGGUGUGUUGCUUCUGUCAGUAUUGUGUGAUGGUGAUAGUGGAAAUAGCAUCUGCUUCUAUGCAACUGAAGGCAAAGGAGCCCUGUCUUGUGCUGGAUCUACCUGUCAAAUCACUUGAUGGCUUGCCUGAGGUCUGGGCAUUUCUAGACUGCAUGUGUAUUAGGAAGUGUAGGGUGCAAUACUUCAAGAAGGUAGACAGAAAUACCAGUGUGUUGUUGCUAUGUGAUUCUUCCUACCCAAUCCACCAUAAGGUGCAUCAAAGCCUUUCUGAAAUAAGUAAAAGAUGCAUGCUCUAGGUCUAACAAUGCAUUCAAGUACUAUAGAGAGUGUUGUCUAAUCACUAACUGUUUGCUGUGAUUUAGCUGAGGGGGGGGGAAGAAGUGUAGGACAGGCAUUGUGAGGGAUUGAGCAGUUCUUGCCUCUUGCUCUUGGGAAAAAUUGGUGGCUAAAUUUGUGCUCUUUUUGUAGCUACUACACUUUCACUACAAAGGAUGUUUUCACUGUUAGGAACAUUUGCCACAGUGGAGAGAAUAGUUCCUUCCAGUUCUGUUGCCUGUCUUCUACCGGGGGUGGGUUUCCAUAUUACAGUAACUGUUAACAGACACAUCAUUCUAUUCAUGUGUGCUAAUGAACUUCCUUCCCUACCUAGCAAAAGGAAAGAGAACGGUUAGAGUCUCAAAGAAAGAGGGAGGAAGCAGAACAACUAAGGAGGCAGAAACUGGAGGAGGGGAAAAAGCAGCGGCUGGAGGAGAUAAAGCGGUAUGCAUACAUAGACAUCCUUCCAGUCACUCCUUUCCUAGUUUUGCCUUGGAGCUUUUUCUAACUGAACUCCUGUGUGCCAUCAGGAAGCGUGAAGAUCGCCUUCGUAAGGUGUUGCAGGCUCGGGAACGGGUAGAGCAGAUGGAAGAAGAGAAGAGAAGGCGGCUUGAGCAAAAGCUUGCUCAGCAUGAGGAGAAAAAUGAGAAGGUGAACAUGAAUAUGGCCAGAGAGCAUUUUGGAAACAUGUGUUCUUCAGAGUUUAAUUAUCUAUUUUGAAAUCCUAACCACUCUCAUCAGGGGAAUAUGCCCCAUUGUAUUCAGUAGGACUUAGUUUCUGAGUAGACCUGGUUAGGAUUGUGCUGAUAGUCUUAUCAACCCAACAAGUCCCUCCCUCCGUGUGUUUGUCUUGUUAAAACAGUGAAGGGCUUAGAGUGUUUGGUACGUUAUAAAGGACAUAUCUCUUACAUUACUGUGUUAGGCUUAUCUUGUUUUUAAAAGAAACAUGACCUGUAUAAUGACAUGAUAUACACAACCUAUUGUAGGUGCGUGAGGAAAAACUGGCAGAGGACAAAGUUAAGAAGAAGGUAGCUGCCAAGAAGUUGGAAGAACUUGAAGCCCGGCGGAAACAAGAAGAAGAUGCCCGUAAAAAAAGAGCUCUGCAGCUGGUAAGGGCAGGGGUGUGGGGAUGGCUGGCCAUGUAGGACAGUAGGCACACCCCUGUUGAGGCUAAAUUCAAAGCCAUGUAACUGCAGGACUUGAAGAGGCUACUCUUUCAAGUAUUUCUAUGUCUUUCAUGGUCACCGAAACUGUAGUGAUUUUUAAGGUAAUUGCUACUUUAGCAUAGUAUAUAGCUCCAGUUAAGGAUCUUAAAAAAAAAAAAAAGUCUGCUUCUUCAUCAAGCUUCAGAGGUUGACAACUUGAAGGGGAAACUUUACUAGAAAUCUAAGUCUAAUUUAUAAGUUUGUCUUGCCUGAAGUAUUCACUGUUGCUAUUCACCUAUGAAACAUAGGCGAAUAGCAACUGAAUACUUCAGGGUGGUUGUCCCAGGUGGAGUUGAGGAUUUGAUUUAUGCCAUGCAGAUGUUUGUGCGUAAUCUAUAUGACUUCACUACAGCUCUUUAGGUCAUUAUACUAAGAGGAGUUGGCAAAAGUUUUUUGUUUUAUAAGGAGGGCCCUGCUGGGUCAGAUCAAAGGCCUGUCUAAUCCAGUAUCCUUUCAUCCCAGUGGCCAGCCAGAUGGACGGGGUAUAAAUAAUAAAUUUAUUUUUAAAAAUUUAUUAUUAGUCCCAAAGCAGGGCAUGAGUGCAAUAGCACUAGCCUGCUGCGUUUAUCUUUUCAGGAGGAAGAGCGAAGGCACAAGGAGCAAAUGCAGAAAAAAAGGGAAGAAGAGGAACAAGAAAGGGCUAGAAAGAUUGCAGAGCAGCAUCAGUUGGAACUAGAAAGGGAGAAAAAGCUGUGUGCUGAGAGAGAACUGGAGAAGAGGCGAGAACAGGAGAGGCUCCAAGCACAGCGGUAAGAACAGAAUGACUGAGCAACCCACUUGAGAAGGCUUCCAGUCACUCAGCACAGCCAGUCCAUAUAGGGCAGGGGGAAGACUAGCUCCUCCUGGUCUGCCGCUGAUGCCCUGCCCCCUUCAAAGGCUAAUACUGGCCAGUUUAAAUUUUAAAAAAUGGAAGAUGAUCCCAUCAUCCCCCGCGGCCAAUCAUAGCUGAAGCCAGCAGCUAGCACCAAAGGGAGGAUGGGGCUGCUCUCCCACCCCCAGGGAGCUGCAACAGUCGCCCACCCCAGGAAAGGGUAUGUGUUCUUUUCACCAAUCUAAAAAAUAUGGCUAUGGAUGAAGCUGUGAGGGGGGAAUGAUUUGAGCCCCAAGGUGUAUGCCACAGGCUGUUGGGAGUGCUGCUCAAGCUAAUGCUGGGUGUACAGGUCAUGCUUAAGGUCAUGAUCCCCUUCUUUCUUUGGAUGGUAAUGAAGUGUCUUUUGUCUGCAAGGGAGCAUGAACAGAAAGAGAAGGAGAAGGCUGCUCGGCUGCAUAAAGAGGUUUUAGCAGCAGCCAAAGAGAAGGAGCGACUCAGAAAAGAGUUAGAGGAAAAGGAGAGGAAAUUGGUAAGUGGCUCUCAUGUUUCUAUCACAUGAAUAUAUUCCUUAUACUAAAAGGUAUGUUUUCAACUCCCCAAAUCUGGAUCCAAUUGCUUUAGGGAAAAUUUAAAUUGGCAGACACUGUAUGCUUCUUCCUGGAGUUCACUGUGUCAUCAGGUGUAGGGUGGGAGCAGUGACCUACCAACAGCACUGUGUGGCCUUUUUGUGUUUUAGCAGGAACAGCGGCAACAAGAAGAGAAGCGAGAGAAAGCUGCUUCUGAGGCUGAGGCCAAGGCUACCAGCAAACAACUGAAUACAACAGUGGUUAUCGAGGUGAGCUACAAACCACAGAACAGGCGUUGAAAGGAGUAAUGAGGGCCCUAUUGACUUGCUCUAUAAGAGAGCAUGUGCUGCAAUGCACAGGCUUACCCACAGAAGCACAUUACCUUCAGUGUGCCUUGAGGCCACUUAAUAAAGGCUUUGAACAUAAAGCCCCACACAUGUUGUUCUGACCCAGUUACUUCCAAGUCUGCCUUCUACAACCUGGAGCACUAGAUUGACUGCAGCUCCCAUGCCAAAGUUGUAGUCCCAAACACCUGGAGGGCACAAGAUUGGGGAAGGCUGCUCUUAAGUGAACAGCUACAUUAAAUGGAGCAAUAUAUCUUAAACCCUGAAAAGGGCAGCAUGCCAAAAUCAUGUACUUUUCUGUAAACUUUUAUUGCAAAAUAUUGAAGUGCUGCUCCCCACUUUGUAUGUGUGUGAGGGGGGCUUCUUUUGUUGCUGACCCUAUUUCCCCUGCUUGGUAAACUUACUGCACACAUGUGAGAAUUUUGAGAAUCUUACCAUCUCUUCUCCCUCACCCCCUUGGAUUUCGUAGGCAGAGGCAUAACUUGAAAGUGCAGUGGCAGAAUUUAAAACACACACUCCAAUAAAAGGAGGAAGUUGUGAAUGAGGAAGAAUAUUUAGACACGUUACACAUUGGAGAAUACGUACAGAUCUGUUAGCAAGUGGGGUUUGUUAUAGUCGGUGUGAAAAAUAAACUGUUAAAGCUAACUGGAAUUUGGAAUUUUUGCUUUGGACCGUCAGCUGCUUUCUGGUUGACAGCUGGUUAUCUCAACGGAGAAAGCUGUACUGUAUAAAAGAAGGGGCCUUUAAAAAAUAAUGAUGUGGCCAUUGUCAGAAAAGUUGUGCUUCUUUAACUUUGAAAAGAGAUUUGUUGCUGGUGGAGCGAGAGAUCAGAGGGCCUAGGGCAUGAUUGGUUGCAGUGUGUUUUGAUUGAGGGGGGCAUGCUGCUGGGUGAAGUUAGCCAUAUUGACUCGUAGUUUGUCAGGUGGUGGUGAUUCAUCAUGCUCUUCUGAUAGAAUAAGUUCUUUCCUAAAAGCCUGUAUUGAGAUUCUAGCGCCGAGCAACAACACUUAAGUUGGUAAAGCAUGAGACUCUUAAUCUCAAGGUUGUGGGUUCAAGCUCCAUGUUGGGCAAAAGAUUCCUGCAUUGCAGGGGUUUGGACUAGAUGACCCUUGAGGGUCCUUCCAACUCUACAAUUCUGUGAUUGUAACUUUGCCAGCAAAAUCUGGUUCUAUACCCAGUGACUUAGCUCUCCCCUCAUCUUCUUUCCAGAACUCUACUAGCUGUAAUUCCUACCCGAUGACACCACAAGGCCCUAAACAGCCCAAGAUUGAUGUGAAUAAUUAUGGAAUGGAUUUGAACAGUGAUGAUUCAACAGAUGAUGAGAGUCAACCCCGCAAGCCCAUACCUGCUUGGGCUACUGGUUUGUUUGAAUCCUUUAUAGUUGAUCUUUCCUUAUAUUACUGUAUGGGAUGGGCUGCUUCAAGGUGUGAUGGUGAAGGUGCGAAGACCACUAACUUUUCCUCCAUGAAUUUGUCUAUCUGCUGCUAUUAGUCAUGAUAGCUGAAUGGAACUUGUGUAUUCAGAAGCAGCAUGCCCCUGAAUACUAGGUUUAAAGGAGGAAGAGGCAUUUACCUGGCCACUGGAUGCUGGGAUAGACAAAUCUUUAGUCUGACCAAGCUUGCAAUGCUGUCUACUUAAUGUUUAUGCUCAAGUACUUGAGUGUUUAUUACAGUGGUGCCCCGCAAGACGAAUGCCUCGCAAGACGAAAAACCCGCUAGACGAAAGGGUUUUCCGUUUUUCGAUGCGCUUCACAAGACGAAUUUCCCUAUGGGCUUGCUUCGCAAGACGAAAACGUCUUGCGAUUUUUUUCGCUCCCCCCCCCCUUUUCUAAGCCGCUAAUAGCCUUUUAGCCGCUAAGCCUUUAAUAGCCGCUAAACCGAUAAUAGGGUUGCUUCGCAAGACGAAAAAACCGCUAGACGAAGAGACUCGCGGAACGGAUUAUUUUCGUCUUGCAAGGCACCACUGUAAUAUCUUUGUUCUCGGGGAGUAUAACUUUUUUCAAACUUCCAGCCUGCAACUUAGGAAAGUGCUAGGAAUCAGGUGUUGGUACUUCCAAGUCGUUUGAGAAUAUAUAGUAGUACAUCAUUGUCUUAUCUAUCUAUCAUCUAUCUAUCUAUCUAUCUAUCUAUCCAUCUAUCUAUUUAAUACAGUAAGCUCACUACUUAUGCACAUUUAACUUAAGUGCAUUCAGCUUUAUAUGCAUCACAAUUUAAAAAAAUUAGAAAGGGGGCAGGGUUCUAGGGAAAUGACAUUGGCAAUCCCACCCGGCAUUUAACCCAAUGUGUUUUGACUAGAUGCAAUGUUGGCUUUAGGGAUGUAAACCUCGCAUAAGUUGUGGGCUUACUGUAUAGAAAAGUAGAACACAUUAUAAAAAUUACAUCCCUGUAUUGAUGCCCAGUAUUUCUGUUCUGUAAAGCCGAGUCUGGGAUAUAAUGAAAGGGCACCUUUCUUUUUUAAAAAAAGACUAUUCAGUCCAUGCUUGACUUUUUUUUAAAAAAUGGACUGUGCUAAUGGAAAGUCUUUCACAAGAGCAGUGGAACGCCCCCAGUUGCGAGAAACCAUAGUGCUUGAAUCCUAUUUGCUGGUUUCCCAUAGGCAUCUGUUCACUGUGAGAACAAAAUGUUGGACUAGAUGGGCCAUUAGCCUGAUCCAGCAGGCUCUUAGGUUCACUGGAUGCAACCUACUAUCUUUGAGUUGAGUUCUUCAUGUGCAUUAUUAAUGGCACAUAAAACUUGGUUAAUUGGCUUCAACUGACUGUACGCUGUUCUUCUUUCCCUUAGGAAAUCUACUAAGCCAGGCAAUCAUACAUCAGUAUUACAAACCAGUUGACACCACUGCCCUCUUUGGAGUUGUGAAGAGCCCUAAACUAGAAGAAAUAUUCAAGAAGAGCAAGCCACGUUACUUCAAACGCACCAGUUCUGCAGUGUGGAACUCUCCACCAUUCCCAGGUGGCAGAAAUGUACCAUAUGCUUUAAAGAUAUGAUGUUUUCUAGAUCUCAUGGAUGUGUGGUAUUUUUGUUCAAGAAAUGUAUUUCUGUUUUAAAUGUUGAGUCCCUUUUUUCUUGUUUAUAUUAAUAAAUGUUGCACUUCUAAGGC